CCCUCUUGAUAAGCACCUCAAGGAUAGCAAACCGAAAAGAUGGAGUAUGAGACCUGCACCACCAGUACCUCUAGUAUAAUACUUAUCCAAUACGAACAUAAGACAAUUCACCGCAUCUCCAAAAUGCCUUCACGGUGCGUGUCUGCUGCGCCCUGUUCGUGUCUACACCGCUCGAAUAUGAGGCUCUACUGGUGGCCGAUAGCCGAUCUCAAUGGUCUACAUUCCCCAAUUUUCUACCAAGUGAACGCAAAGGUUUUUUUUUAUCUGCAAGAUGGUCCAAGUCAUCAAGCGCCAGGGCUACAAGCUGCUCAACCUCUGGACCACGGACAAAGGCACCUUCCCAGUCGUCUUCUGUGCCUCCUUCGCCGCCGUAGCCGCCACGGGUAUGUCGCUGCGCUACCUCUUCCUGAACCCCGACGUGUACGUGAAUAAGGACGAGCGUUUCACUUCUCUCCACCACACUUUGGAGCCACGCGAGGACCGUGGGUCUGCAUGGCGGCAGUUCCGUUUCCGUAUGGCAAAUCUGAAGCGCAACCCGAUCAACCAGUCUCGCCAGUUCGACGACCUAUUCGCCAAGGAGGAGAACAAGAGCGUCAAGAGAUAAGCGGUUCAAUGACUCGUCAUUCAGCUCAGCAAGUGCCGCGCUUGCCGUGUGGAGUUUUUAUUUUAACGUUGCUCUACAUCAUUAGUCAGCCACGGAGCUAGUCGGUUGAUCAGAAUAAAGUCACAACGAAAAAUAUAUAUUGCGCAGUGUUGCGAAGGUAUAC